UAUAUUAUACUUCCUGUGCACCAGGUGGCUGAUUUGCGCGAAAAUCCACGUUUACUCGUUUUGAACGUUGCCCGCAGCCCUUUCAUAGUAACUGCUCGUGAUAUGCAAACAGUAACCAUUAGAUGUCAUAAGUAAAAACCUACCUCACUCAACUCGAACUCGCUAUUUGCCGGCCACAUCAUCGCACUGGCGCUUACGCUCCAGGCGGCGCAAGACCUGCCGCUGCAUCCUGUCGUGGACUGAAUAAUCCUUUCUCUCAAGCCGCUUCACACGCGGCUUAAGGCGCCAGCUCGCGCAACGGGCUUGGAGGGCGCGCCAAAAUGUUCAACACCGACGGGAACCGCUACAGUAACUAUUACAAGUUCGAAAUUGAGAAUGGUCCGUCACCCAAGCGACCAUCGUUCAUUGACCGGGCUCGGUUCUGGAUCAAGGACAACCCAAAGUGGUUCUGGGGCGGGCUGUUCGGUGUGGUGGCGGUGGUGCUCAUAGCCGUCAUCGUGUCGUCCGCGUGCGGCGACGGCAACUGCGUGGGCGAGGGCAAGCAGGAGACGGCUGCGCUGUCGCUGCCGCCCUCGCCGCCGUUGCCGUCACCGCCCUCUGAGAACCAGGGCAGCGGCAUCGACGGCGCAGCGGGGCCGCCCUCCCCCGCGCCCUCGACGCCGCCCUCGCCGCCCCCGCCUGUGCCGCCCUCAUCGCCGGGCGCCGUCGACUCGCCGCCGCCGCCGUCACCGGCCCCAAUGACACCGCCGCCGUCGCCGGCACCGUCGCCCGGCGGUGUGUACGGGGGCUCCACCCAGCCCAGCCCCGCAGUCUACGGCGGAGCGUCACCCUCACCGCCCUCCCCGGACCCGCCCUCCCCGGACCCGCCCUCCCCGGACCCGCCCUCGCCGGACCCGCCCUCGCCGGACCCGCCCUCGCCGGACCCGCCCUCGCCGGACCCGCCCUCGCCGGACCCGCCCUCGCCGGACCCGCCCGAGCCGCCGACGGCUCCGGAGCCCACCGGCGCGGGGCGGCGGCUGCGGCUGCGCUAGGGCCGGCCGUAACAGCGGCGGCACGCGGGCCGCAGUGGCGGUCGCAGCGACGUGUGCGUCUGGUGUCGGGUAUGCGGGUGCGGAACCACGGCGGCGGCGCAGAGGCGGCACCGCGCUGGCAGCGGCACAGACGCGGCGGCAUCUGCACAGGGGCCGGCAGCAGCAGCAGUGGCAGCAGCAGCAGUAGGAGCAGCAGCAGCAGCAGCAGCAACAGCAGGAUGAGGCGGCCUGUAAUGUAUGUGGGGGGGAAGAGGUGCACAUGGGGGGAGGGGCACGCCACAGCGGCACGGUGCUGAUGGACGGGGAGGAGGUAGCGCCGGCGUGGCGGGCGGUUGGUGUGCGGGCGGUGGCUGCGAGCAAUCUCUAGUGCGUGCCGAAAGGAAGCACGCAUGCCCCUGUGUGCAUGCGUUUGCAUGCGCUUGAUCCUUGGCGGGCGAUACAUGUCUCAAUUCAUGGUCUGUGAGCGAGGCGAUUCUUGUGGGGCAGAGUGGUCGGCUUCGGUAUUGGCAGGAGCUGUCGUGGCAGUGGCAGGAGCUGUGGUGGCAGUGGCAGGAGCUGUGGAGCAGUGGCAGCAACAGUAGCAGCAGGAGGAGGAGGAGGAGGAGGCUGUAAGCUGUGUGUGUGAUUAUUGAGGCCGCUGUUUCGUGCGGGUGUGCAGGAGUUAUAAUGAGGAUCACCGCCAAACCCAACGGAACCGAAGCGAGGGGGUGGAUUGAUGUGUGCCGGUCAGGUGCCGGUGGUUGCCGAGGCGUGCGUUUAUCACACACACACACACACACACACACACACGUCGCUUUGCUGCAUCGCAUACACUGUCUUUGCGCAACGUUUUCCUUGUGCUCUUUAACACACACACAUACACACACACAUGGAGCGAAUGCGGGAGGGCAUCAACGCGGCAACAUGGCAUGCGUGUUUGCGCGGUGCAGGUGCAGGUGGGGUGUGGGGUGUGGGGUGUGGGGCACAUGCAGCAGGGGCCAGACUCGCAAGGCCACACUGUCGCAUGUGUUUUUGUUUGCGUAUGGAGCCAGGCUGCUCCUUCACUGUUUGCUUCAUUGUGUGUGAGAGCCACGGGGUAAAAGCCAUGGCAGCAGUUUUGGUGAUGGGGUUCAGCACUGUAGGCGCACUGGCGGUCUGCAGCACGCACAGGGGCGCCGCGUAGGACGGCCGGGCUGAGGGGCACUGAGGGCUCCGGGGGCGCCUCGCGCGGGGCGGCUGCAGGUGGCGGGGCUUGGUGUGAUGUGGCGUGAUGGGUACCUGAAGUGUGUGCACUGCCGACCGCACGGAUUGCGGGAUUACAAAAUCCUUUGGAUUGGGUGGCCAUUCCUCCGAACAAUGAAAUACCGGUAAUGGUUACCCACUC